AUUCCUAUGGUUGCGGGGGUAAUUGAAAUGGGAAUUCGUAAUUUAUGAAUAAGAGUUGGUGUUGCAGUGUAUUUUGCGUAAUUAAAUUUGCAAAGCGUGUUUAUUAGAUUGUAAUGCGGCGCUCCGGAGGUUGUAUGGUGUCGUCUCUGUCAGGCUGGGCCGGGCACACCUCCGUUUGACCUAUUUUCUGGUUAUUGCAUUGGAAGUUGGAACUACUAUUUAUGUCUCCGGACUCCGGGUGCGAUGUAGGCCGUCACUUGCAUCCCUCCUGCACGAACGUAAUUUAAUGAUCAAUGUAUUUCGGACAACAACACUGCAUUUAUGCAAUAGCUGUGCUUUAAAGUUUUAGAACAAUCCUAAAUUAAUUUUAUGUGAUGUUUUAGAAACAAGGGUCAUCAUGUUAUUUCAAAGAUAACAUCUGAUAGUCCUAAUGGAGCAAAAAAUAUCAGUCUAGUAAAUGUGUACAGUGAGUGUUUAGUGUAGUGUAGAAACAAUGGCAUCAAACUUAGUUUCUGUGUGUGAAUGUGACGAGAAGACAAUAUGAUGGAAUCGGAGCUACCGCCGGGCAGCUGUAACUCUACAGGACACUUGUCUACUAUUGGAUGGAAUAUACCAGGUCGCAUGCACCACUCGGCGAGCACGCCGGCGGGGGUGGACGGCGGCGGGUCGCGCACGCCGCCGGCCACGCCCAAGAAGGGCGGCAAGAUGCUCGCCGUGCGCGUGCAGAUGCUGGACGACUCGAUAUCCAUGUUCCAGAUACAGUCAAAAGCGCUGGGUCGCGUGCUAUUCGAUCAAGUGUGUAGGCAACUGCAUCUUCUGGAAGCCGAUUACUUUGGAUUAGAAUAUCAAGAUGCCAACGGAACUAAGUACUGGUUGGACGUCGAGAAGCCGAUGUGCCGGCAGGUCGGUCUGUCAAUGCUGGAGCCGACCCUGCGGUUCUGCGUCAAGUUCUACACGCCGGACCCGGCGCGGCUCGAGGAGGAGUUCACCAGAUAUCUGUUCUGCUUGCAAGUGAAGAGGGACCUUGCGCACGGAUGUAUACAGUGUAACGAGAACACGGCAGCGUUGAUGGCCAGCUAUAUAGUGCAGGCGGAGUGCGGAGACUUUGUGCCCGAAGACUACCCGGACCACACGUACCUCAGCGGGUACAAGUUCUUCCCGAAACAGGACCCGGAGUCCGAGAGGCGGAUCAUGGAGAACCAUAAGAAGCAUAUAGGCCAGAGUCCUGCGGAGGCGGAUUUGAAUUUGCUAGAGACGGCCCGGCGUUGUGAACUGUAUGGUAUCAAAAUGCACUCAGCAAAAGACCACGAAGGUGUACCCCUAAACCUGGCGGUGGCCCACAUGGGCAUUGUGGUGUUCCAGCAGAUCACCAAGAUCAAUACCUUCAGUUGGGCCAAGAUUAGGAAGAUAUCGUUCAAGAGAAAAAAGUUCCUCAUCAAGUUGCACCCGGAGGGCUAUGGCCACUACCGCGACGUAGUGGAGUUCUUCUUCGAGGGUCGCAACGAGUGCAAGAAUUUUUGGAAGAAGUGCGUCGAGAACCACGGCUUCUUCAGAUGUUCCAGCGUGCCGAAGAUACCGCGCCAUAAGACCAAGGUGCUGUCCAGGGGUUCUUCGUUUAGAUACAGCGGCAAAACGCAAAAGCAAAUAGUGGAGUUCGUGCGCGACAACUACGUGAAGCGGCAGACGUUCCAAAGGUCGGGCUCGUUUCGCGCGUCGCGCUCUGCGGGCGGGUCGCGCGCGAGCGUGGCGCACGGGCACGGGGCCCACGGGCACGGGCCGCACGGGUCCCACGCUGGCGUGGCCCCGCUCAACGCCAGCGUGUCCGCGCACCCACUGCUGCCGCUGCCGCCCGGCUCUGACGCGAUUUCCCUGGAGUGGGACAAGCAACCUCACUACCUGGAGGCCUCGCUGAUGAUGCGCGGCUACCCGGCGGACGCGGCGCGCGCGGCCGCUCGCCCCCGCUCCCGCUCCCCCUCGCCCCACACCCCCAACACCCCCCACACCCCCAACACCCCCAACACCCCCAACACCCCCCACACGGACACGCGCACGGACACGCACACGUACACGCGCACGCUCGCUCGCCCGCCGCCUCCAGCUACCGCCUUUGCUUCCACGAGAGACAAGCUGACAAAACUGUACUGCCAGCAAAUCGAGGGUCCCGAGGUAGUGACCCAUGCAGAGGUCAAUCAUCAUCCUACGGAGGAUUCACCUCUGCCUCAUCGGACGACGACACCAUUGGAUUCUCAGGAGAGUCCGUGGACGGAUGCGUCGGCGGGCCCCGCGCGCGCUCCCAGUCCGCCGCGUCGUGCGCGCGCCGCAGAUGAACCGUCCCCCGAAGAAGACCACACGGUAUCAUCAGCGAGUCUAUGCAUGUCGCCCAGUACAGACGGCAUACACGCGGGACUCCCGCUGCACGCGUCCACUCCGCUCGAGCGACGGACGCUGACUAACGGAUAUGUGGACAAUAGAGCGAGACGGGAGAACAAUAACCAUAAUGGAGAGAGGGACAGCGAUAUCAUGAACCAUAGAGAUGUGUGUGACGCUAUCAAUGGGAAUGUUCAUGUGAAUAUCGUCUCGGAGUCGACAAGUAUGGAUGUGUUAAGUGGAGGAGAGAGUGAUGCUGGAGACACGCUCUCUAGGCGAAAUAAUAAUAGUCUAUCAUCGCGCGUGACUCUCCGCGACGUGUCUAAGCGCAAGGCGGGCGAUGUGACGUACUACGUGGCUAAGGAACUGCUCAUGACUGAGCGGACUUAUAAACGGGAUCUGGAGUUGCUUACUGUGACAUGGUCAAAGCGAGUGGGCUCCAUCGGGCGUACAGCAUCAUCUGGUACCGAAGCAGCAGCCCUAGCGAAGGCCUGCCUUGCGUUAGAGCCCCUGGCCCUGCCCGCCGGGGCCCUGCUCGCGAGGCUCGAUAGGGCCCUCGCGUCUAGCUCACCGGCGAGGCAGCAUGAAAUGGAAGAACCAGAAUAUCGCAAAAUAGCAGAUCUUCUAUUCGACUAUUUAUCAAACACAUACGAUGCAUACGCGGAAUACACGGAACAAGCGGGCACGCUCGUGGCCCUGGUGGAGAGCGCCCGACGGCGCGGGGGCGCAGCCUCGCGCGAGGCCACCGCCUUCGAUAGCGCUUCGCCCCUGCCGCUCGCGUGCUUGCUGCUGCGGCCGCUGCAUAGACUGCUGCACUAUUGCACUCUCACACAUGAGCUGUGGUCGGCAACGUGCAGCAGUCAGGCGCUAUCCGCGCACGAGCUGGCGAGCAAAGCGGCGAGUUUGGCUCUCACACAGUUACGCCACGUAGAGAACCACGCCGCGCUCUGCCAGCUGCAGCGGGACAUCGCCGGUUAUGACAAACUAUUGGUUGCGGAACGCGAAUUUGUGAGACUCGGAUGUGUCUACAAACAUUCUUCUAAAGGACUUCAACAGAGAAUGCUGUUCUUGUUCAGUGACUUGUUACUACUGGCGUCGAAAUCUUCGAACGGCCAAUUUCGUGCGCACUCCGUGUUCGCGUUACACAAGUUGCGGUUGGAACCAAGUGAUUUGCCGCACAGUAUCGCUAUCAUAGACGAAGACGCAACACUAUUGAUAAGUACAAGCAACGACGUAGAGUUCUCUGGCUGGUGGCAGUCUCUCUCCGACUCGAUAGAAACGGCGCGGAAUAUGCCCACUGAAGUGGAUACUGCACUAUCUCAUGUGGAACAUGAUGCAGAGAGCACGGAAGGUGUGACUCCGCUGAGCGGGUCGGGCGGGGCGCUGAGCGGCGUGUGCUGGCACCGCGCCACCGCGCUGUCGCGGGACCAUCUGCACCUCGCCAUGCGGAGCCAGCUGUCGGGCUACCUGCUGCGCAAGUUCAAGAACUCUCACGGCUGGCAGAAGCUGUGGGUGGUGUUCGCGGUAUACACGCUGUUCUUCUACAAGAGCUGGCAAGAUGACUCGCCGCUAGCCUCGCUGCCGCUGCUCGGGUAUAGCGUAAACGCCCCAGACCCGAGCGACGGCAUCGAGAAGGACUUCGUGUUCAAGUUGCAGUACAAGAGUCACGUGUACUUCUUCAGAGCUGACAGCCUCUUCACGUAUAAUAGGUGGACGGAAGUUCUGCAGACGCCGAUGUUGCAAUCUCAUCACAACUGAUUAGAUAGAUCAAUUAUUAUUAUAUACUUUGUAGAUUAACAAAUAUUUGGAGCCAAAUAAAUCUUUAAAACGCCAUUAAUGUGAUUAAAUUUAUAACAAUUAUAAAGUGGAAAAGACAUAUUUACAAAUUUGGUGCCAUAUAUAAGUUUUGUCAAACAAAACAACAUUCGAAUGUCUUGCCUUAAAUUUUGUCAAAAAAUAAUUGAAUUUUAUGUAUAAAAAAUUUUGAGACAUUUUUUUCUUCAAAGUUCAAAAACGGCUGUUUAAAUAGUACAAAAAAAACAUUCCAGAAAGUAUUGUCUACAACUAAUUGGCUUUUUCUAACUUGUAACUUUUUAAUGGCAACUAAUAAAUAUUGCUUCAAAAAUCGAUUUGAGAGUAUCAUUAAUGCAAAAUCAAUUAUAAAAAACAUUAAUGAACUAAAAGAAAUAAUAUACUGGAAGGGAAAUAAUAUAUCCUUUGUUUAUAACCAAAAUAAAAAAAUUGUGGCACGAAAUUUUUAUUUUUACACUGUUUUCUGACGACAUAAAGUUCAUUACUUUGUUAAUCAGAGAUGUUUAUUGAAUAUUAUAGAACACUUUUAAAUAGAUAUUUAUUUACAAUUUAUCAUGAAAUCUGCUAAUAAAUAUAUUUGGUGAGAAACUUUGACGCGUACUCUUGUGACGAUCAUAUUGUAUUGAAUUUUGUGAACUUCCUAAUUUUAUUAUUUAUCAUUAAGUAUUUAAUUGUGCAUCACAAAUAUACAAAAUGUUGUAUAGAAUAAAUAAAUUUUACAUAUAAA